UUCACUUCCGGUCCCGGCGGUGAUCCCACGUGUGUGCUGCGCUGGGAGGUCCGUCCAGACAUGGGGAAGAAUAACAAGAAGGGGAACAAGCCCCUGGUGGGACCCGCUGCAGUGAAGGUGGGAAAAGCCCGCAGCGAGGUCCGGGACAACCCGUUCGAAGUGAAGAUUAACAAGCUGAAGUUCAAUGUGCUGGGCAGGAAGAGCAAGCAUGAUGUGGGGCUGCCCGGGGUGUCCAAGUCUAAAGCCAUCAAAAGGCGUACUGAAACCCUCCUGAAGGAGUACAAGCAGAGGGGGAAGUCCAGCAUGUUUACGGACAAGCGGUUCGGUGAAUAUGACGCCAAACUCGAUCCGGAGGAGAAGAUGAUGAAGAGAUUUGCAAUGGCACGACAGAGAAAUGCUGACAAGAAGACAGUAUACAACCUGAAUGAAGAGGAGGAAUUGACUCACUUUGGACAGUCUCUGGCUGUGAUGGAAAAGCUGAAUGACCCUGUGGAUAGUGACAGUGAUACAGAUGAACGGGGGGCAUUAUCAGCUGCGUUGACGGCUUCUCAUUUCGGUGGAGGAGGGCUGCUCAGGAAGAAAGCGCCAUCUGAACAGAAUGAGGAGGAAUCAGAAAAACCAAAAACCCGUAAAGAGCUGAUUGAGGAGCUGAUCGCUAAAUCCAAAUCUGAGAAGAGAGAGAGGCAAAGUCAGAGAGAGAAGGCCCUGGAACUGACGGAAAAACUAGACAGUGACUGGAAAAAUAUACAGACAUUGCUCGCUCACAGGACUCCUAAAUCUGAGAGGAAGCCUGAAAUUGAAAAACCAAAGCCUGAUGACUAUGACAAGAUUGUUCGAGAACUUGGAUUUGAAAUGAAGGCUCAGCCCUCAGACAGAAUGAAAUCGGAAGAGGAGAUUGCAAAGGAAGAACAGGAGAGACUACAGAAACUAGAGGCUGAGAGGCUACGCCGAAUGCGAGGGGAGGAUGGCAAGUCCAAAAAGAAGGCCAAACACAUCUCUGCAGAUGAUCUAAUGGAUGGAUUCGUAUUGGAUAACGAUGAUCGUCUCAUGCUUUCUUAUAAGGAUGGAAAGAUGAAUAUACCAAAUUCAGAGGAUGAAAAAAAUGCAGGCACAGAUGGAAAUAAGGAGGAAGAGCCUGUUGAAGAGGAUGAGGGAAGUGAUGUUGGGGAGGAGGGUGAUGAAGCCGGUGAAAAUGCAACUGAUGGUAGUGAAGAGGAGGAAGAUGGUAGUGAAGAGGAGGAUGAUGAAGGCAGUGACGCUUCAGACAAUUACUCCGACUUGGAAUCUAAUGCAGAGAGUGCUGAGGAGGAUGGAGAAGAGGAAGUAAAACCUAAAAAUAUAAAAGGCAAAACCAAGGAGAAGGAAGCUGCAGAGGCGAGUUCACAACUGCCAUUUACAUUUGAUGUUCCUGAGUCACAAGAGCGUUUUCAGUCUGUGCUGACAGAGAAGCCUAUAGAACAGCAGCUGAUCAUACUGGAGAGGAUUCAGAAGUGUAACCACCCAAGCCUAGCUGAUGGGAAUAAAGCCAAACUAGAGAAAUUGUUCGGCUUCCUCCUGGACUAUAUCAUUGAUUUGGCUGAGCAGGAAGCUCCAGAUCUCAAAACCAUUGACAAACUGAUUCUGCCCCUGUACAGCUUGUGCCAGAUGUUCCCAGAAAAGGCAGCGGACUGUGUGAGAGAGGCCCUGCGGGACAUCACUCGUACUUUGGAUGAAGCCAUAGAAUCUAAAGGCCGGGCCACGUUCCCUGCAUUACAUGUGCUGCUUUACUUCAAGAUCACAGCAAUUUUAUUUCCUACUUCUGAUUUCUGGCACCCUGUAGUCACCCCAGCUGUCACUGUGAUGAGCCAACUAUUGACAAAGUGCCCCGUGUCUUCACUGGAAGAUGUGGCUGCAGGUCUCUUCAUCUGUUCUAUGUUCCUGGAAUACGUGUCCCUGUCACAGAGGUUUGUUCCAGAGGUCAUCAACUUCCUGCUGGGGAUUCUACACUUGGCCACAGUACGCAGAACUUCUAUUGGUUACUAUGUUGUUCCUCCAUUUAAACACCACGGGAAGUCCUCAGAACUUCUGCUGGCAGACAGCGAGGAGGACAUGAAGUCCUGGAAGAAGACACACAUGCCGCUCACAGCAAUCAAUGGGCUGGACACUGAGGACCAAACUGAGAUCAAUCAUUUUAGGCUGACGUGUGUCGCAGUGAGCUUAGACUUGGUAAAACGAUGUGUGAAUAUGUAUGGAUCUUUACCAGCCUUCCAGGAGAUCUUUAAUCCAAUUUCCUUACUUAUCAAUGAACACCUUCCACGAAGCACAUAUCCCCAGGAGAUCCAGGAUGUUUGCCGAAAUAUUCUAAAUGAUAUUAAAAGAAAUGGAAAGAAAUCCUACAAACCGCUCGUGUUUGAGAAACAGGGGCCUGUCCCAAUGAAAAUGUUCACGCCAAAAGUUAUGCCUGUGCUGGAAUUCGGCAAAAAGCAGGGCUGUAAUAAGGUGGAGCAAGAGCGCAAGAAGCUCAUUCACAAACACAAGCGGGAGCUUAAGGGAGCUGUGCGAGAAAUCCGAAGGGACAAUCAGUUCUUGGCAAGAGUGAAGCUUUCAGAGACCAUGGACAGGGAUGUGGAGAGGAAGAGGAAGGUCAAGGAACUCUUCAACAGUCUGUCCAAUCAGGAGGGAGAAUGGAAAGCCUUGAAGAGAAGACAGAUGAAGGGGAAGUAACAUGG